CAGGUUAGCUCAAGAUGGGAGACCAGAGGCAACGUUCAUUGUCUACCUCCGGAGAAACAUUGUACCAUGUACUAGGGCUGGACAAGAACGCCACCUCAGAUGACAUUAAAAAGUCAUACAGGAAACUUGCAUUAAAAUAUCACCCCGACAAGAACCCAGAUAACCCAGAAGCUUCCGAGAAAUUUAAAGAGAUCAACAAUGCACACGCGAUAUUGACGGAUGCCACAAAACGAAAUAUCUACGACAAGUACGGUUCCCUGGGCCUGUAUGUAGCGGAGCAGUUCGGAGAGGAGAAUGUGAACACGUACUUCGUGCUGUCCAGCUGGUGGGCGAAGGCGCUGUUUGUAUUCUGCGGGCUCAUCACUGGCUGCUACUGCUGCUGCUGCCUCUGCUGUUGCUGUAACUGUUGCUGUGGAAAAUGUAAACCGAAACCCCCCGAAGGCGAAGAGCGCGAGUAUUACGUCUCCCCUGAAGACUUGGAGGCACAGCUACGGUCGGAUGAAAGGGAGACCCCAGGAUCGCCCAUCGUGAUACAGCCAGCCUCUGCUACAGAGACGACCCAACUCACAGCGGAUUCCCACCCCAAGUACCACAGCGAUGGGUUUAACUAAGUUAAACAAAGCACCGUUAACUUUAAGGGGCAAAAAAGAAAGAUAAAACAUAAAUAACCUGGCCAACCCAGCAC